AUGGCUCUAAGCCAAUUAGAUUUCAUGAUAUUGGGAUAUGACAAAGUCGGCAUUAAACAAGUUGCAACACUGGCAAAUCCUUGGUGGACAGGUCAGGGAGGGUUAUCUGGGGUUGACCCAGGAACCCAUUCACCAGGCCUAAGCAAACGCCACACAGACCUUGCAAUCAACGAAACCAGUGGUGGUCAUAAUAGAGAAGAAGAUGAAGACAAUAGAGAUGAACCUAAAGAGGGUGCAGUUGAUGUUGGAACCCGCAGACCAAGAGGAAGACCACCUGGAUCCAAAAACAAGCCAAAACCACCCAUCUUUGUGACAAGAGACAGUCCAAAUGCCCUCAGGAGCCACGUGAUGGAGAUAGCUGGAGGAGCUGAUGUUGCAGAAAGUGUAGCCCAGUUCGCAAGGAGGCGUCAACGUGGGGUUUGUGUUCUCAGUGGUAGUGGCUCUGUGGCCAAUGUUACUAUAAGACAACCUGCUGCUCCUGGUGCUGUGGUGGCACUUCAUGGAAGGUUUGAAAUUCUGUCCCUAACUGGGGCUUUUCUACCUGGCCCUGCUCCCCCAGGAUCCACGGGACUUACCGUGUACCUCGCCGGAGGACAAGGCCAGGUAAUAGGAGGAAGCGUGGUUGGCUCUCUCGUUGCAGCAGGACCAGUUAUGGUCAUUGCUGCAACUUUUGCUAAUGCAACGUACGAGAGACUGCCACUUGAUGAUGAUGAUGAGGGGCCUAGUUCGGCUGCGGCACAAGGUGGAGGAUCGCCGCCUGGAAUUGGAAGCGGUGGGGUUGGUCAGUUGCAGAGUGGGAUCCCAGAUCCAACAUCGCUUCCUUUGUAUAAUUUGGCACCAAAUUUGAUGCCAAAUGGAGGAGGAGGAGGAGGAGGAGGACAGGUGGGGCAUGAAACUUUUGCUUGGGCUCAUGGACGGCCACCGUACUGA